AGGAUGGUGGAGGAGAAGGGAAAAUAGAAAAGGGAUUGAGAAUGAUGGUGAGAGAACUGGUGAAACAUCAUCAGACUAUUUUCAGGAAAGUGGAAGACUUGAACGAUGGAUUCAGAUUUCGUUUGUUCUAUUUCAAUGCAUACAUUUGCUUACAAAUUUGCCUGGGGAUAUUCAUUUUCAUGAAAGGGGAAAUUCUUCUGAAAAUCAAGUAUGGAAUAAUUUUGAUCACAAUUACAAUUGUUGAAUUUUUGUUCAGUGAAAACGGACAAAAACUGCAGGAUGAGGGUAAAGACCUGAGGACAGCUCUAUACAACUGCAGUUGGCAAGAUAGGCCUAAAUGGUUCAUAAGCACUCUAAAAAUUCUAAUGAUACGAAAUAAUAGGCUACCGAAAAUUGUACUUUUCAAUGUUUUUACACUCAACCGCAACAAUAUGACCGUAGUGACGCGAGGUGCAUAUUCAUACUUCAGUCUGCUCAACAACUUUUCACAUUAAUUACAGAAAAGGAUUCAACGAAGGGAACAAAAUACCAUGAAAAAUCUCAUCUCUGGAAAAAAUCAAUUUUCAUGAAAUUUUAACAAGAACGUCAAGAUAUCACAGACAAUUAUGAUGAAAUAAACUGAGGAAGAGGCGUAAAAUACGAAUGAAUUGAUCAUAAUAUUACUAUAAAAUUUUAUAAAACUUUAAAGUGAAAAAACACUCACAUUCUUUGAUGUGGCGACGUCCGUUUCGUGCUGGUAUCGCACAUUUUCAAGCCAAACAGGAACUCAAAUCAUUAUUAUGAUCAUAAUAAUUCAAGAUCGAUUCUUGAGAAUAAUGAGCUUACCCAAAUCUGUUUGUUUGUGUAGCAACCAAUUAAGGGACCAAUGUGAGCAAUUCCAGUAUCAGGUUGCUAUACGAAACUAAACCUUUCUAAUUUGGUUCAGAAAUUUCUUCAAGAAUAUAGUUUAUAAACACGUCACUAAAUUCCCUCUUUUUUCUUUCUGAGGAUCAUGCUAUGCUUAACCCUAGGUUUGUGCAACAGUAUAGGGAGGGAUGACGAGAAUUGAAUGAACAUUCAGUUUUAGGCGGUGGAUUCCAAACGUUUUAUACGAUUUGGAAGAAGCCCUUCUCAUUAGAUUAUACCGCAAAGGACUGAGUAGAUAGUAAAUUGUUCACAUUUCAUGACUGUCAAAAUCAAACCUUAGUGAUCUCUUUGAGGAAAAGAGUGAUCGAAAUAAAGAAAAA